CUCGUGUAUUAACACGCGGUGCUUCUUAAAUUCAGAAAAAUUAAGAUUCUAGUGUAAUUAAGGAACGUUUAAUAAUGGGUAAGACAAAAAAGGGUAAAUCAAAGCCCCACAAAAAGAAUCCAACAGGAUUGCAAUCACUGCGAGAUCUAGAAAAUGAAGGAGAUGGUUCAACAUCCAGCGGACCAAUUAAUACCAUAAUCGACCAACUUCAAAGUGCCAGCAAUGAUGAGAAAAUGUGUGGAUUACAGUCAUUAUCGACAUUAUGUCAAAGAGAACUGAAUAUUAAGCAAAUUAUUGAUAGUGAUUUAGUCAGAAUUGCAGCACCAUUAUUAAUAGAUCCAGACAUAAAUGUGCGACAAGCAUGUUCUGGAUGUCUUCGAAAUUUAUCCUGUAUAUCCGUAGAGAUUUGUGAGAGAUUAGUAGAACAAGAUGUAUUCACACCACUUCAAACGCUGUUAUGUCAAUAUGCCAAUAAUGAAUGGUUGCCAACAAAUGAUAAGAAAGUUGAUGUGCUGGAUCAAAAAUCAGAUACGUUUCUACAGGCAGUCAAUAUCAUGUGGAAUUUAUGUGAAAGUACCUCAGUUGCAUUAGAGUUUUUCAAUCAGUCACAAUUACUGCAGAGUUUUGUACGAUGUCUGGAUCAUGAGAAAUUUGGAAUGGAAAUCUCUAUAUCAACUGCUCAAUGUUUAUUAGUCAUAUCUGAAGAUAAUCCAGCAGCUUGGAGAAUUUUAGCAGAAUUCGUGUCAGUCUUUCAAAAUGUCCUUAAACUUGAAGGCACAGACUACAAAACAGUAAUACUUCGUACAGUCGUUGCUGGAGUAGCAUCAAAUGUCCCAGCACUUACCGUCCAAUGUCUACAUCCAAUAAUUGAGACACUCAGUAAAACAAUCGAAAUUAAUCACAGACAAGUCUUGAACGAACUUACAAGCCGUUUACCAUUAAAUGAAAAUGAAACACAAGAACCAACAGCAGUCGAAAUUGUAGACGAUGAAAUGAGAGAGGAAUCAGAAGCAGAUGCAUCAGCACGUAGAUUAAGGGAAGAUUUGCCAACAGAACUAGAUAAUGACAUUAAAAAUGUUGGAUAUUUAUUAUCAGCACAAAGGACGGCAAGUGAAAUAUUAACAAACAUUUGUUCGUCUGAAGGAAGUGAAUCAAAAGAUGAAAUGGAAGAUAUAUCAGAUGCAGAAAGUGUCCACGACUAUGAUAUUAAUGAGCAUCAAAACGGUAAUGGAAUUUGCGAAGAUAAAAUCCCAGUCGAAAUGACAGAAGCGAUCAAAGCACAUAAAAUUGUGGAAAAACUAUGGGCACGAUCACAGCCACUUGCAGAAAACGUUAAAGCAAUCCUAAUGACAUCAGAAAAGAACCUUUAUAAGCGUCAAAAUUCACUGAGAAUAUCAACGCUAAUUUGUCUUCAUAAUCUAUGUAACGUAAUGACAACAGAGGAAUUAGGUGGAGCAACAGCAAUCUAUAAUGUAUGGCUGGAUUUAGGACAACAAAUAUUCCAAAUUCAGCAAGAUUAUGAAAGUUUAGAAGCUUCAACAUCGCUUAUGCGCGCCACAUUAGAGCAUUUAAAGAAAUCUCGAGAUCUGUUCCAACAAGUAUCUGACAGUGACUUGCAAUUAAUUCUCGAUGGCAUUCAAAAUUGUGAUAAAUCAGAAGUCAGAGCUAAUUGGUUGCGAAUGCUUGGCUCAUUAGGAUGCUUGCUUGCUGAACCGCUUGUUAAAAAGAUCACAGACUUUAUGUUGGAAACGACGAUAAAAGAAGACGAUGUUUGGACAAUAUCGGAAGCACUCGACAGUUUUAUGGACAUGUUCUCUGAUAAUGACUGGAAUCAAAUAGUGCAUGAGUUGAAUGUGGUACCAAAAUCAAAGGAACUGGAAAAAAUUCUUAAGACUAAGAUGAAGCAGCGAAAGCGUGAGCUAGGAGAUCGAUAUCCAGCAAUUGUGACGAUAAAGACCAAUUUUACCAGAUUCUGUAAAUACCUGGAGACGCAACAAAAAAGUUUUGUUCCAAAUCCAACAACAUGAACAUGUUCCUUGAACUGAAUUAAUUGUUAACCAUUUGAAAUGCAAAUGAAUUAAAAAGUAUAAAAGUUUGAAUAUUCAUACGUUAAAUUG